UUCUUUGUGUUUUAACGACGUGCAGAGACAACUAUAAUUAAAGGUGCUUUCACUCUUGGUUCCAUUGCUUGGUCAGUUGAUCCUCUUGUAUUCUAUUCACACUAUUUUGUGAGUCAGAUCCUCAGUAUGCUUGCGUCAUCAAAUUGGCAGCUGUUUACCCUUGAUAAUGCAGGGCAAGACAGCAAAAUAGAAAGGUUUGCUCGCCUCACUUUUAUACUUUGGUCUAUCUGCCGCAAAGAUUCCAGAGAAUGCGGAAGUCGGCUUCUGCUGAGGCGAGCGGAAAUUAUAAAUAAUAAACCUUUAUCUCUCUGCUUGCAGUGCAUCAAUCCUACUUGUCAAGAAAGUGAGUGACCUCACACUGACACAAUUUGACCAAUCAUGCGUCAUCAAUAGCAGCUCACUUCUAUGAUUUAGAACAAUAGCAUUCAUAUCAGCAGUAAACCCUACCGGAGUACCCCAGACCACCUUUUUAAGUGGAGUCUGUCAUGGUUUACAGGUGUGCACCCGAGUUCUGAAAACAGUGUUCACAUUAUCCAAACAAACCAUAUUCUGACGUCAAGUAUGCACCAAAAGUUUGAAAGCACCAAAGUCAUUUGAUAGUUGUCCUUCCUCCUCUUCUCCAGAAUUUGAUCAUCAUUUGAAAAAUUAUUGCUGCCGUGCUCACUAUAAAUUCUGUUAAUUUAAAUUCUGUUCACUACUUGUACCCCAGACAGUAAUAGCGCAAUAAUUGCAUGAGGCAAAUAGUGCUCACUUUUGGGAAUAAAAGCAGUGGGGUAGAGAGGUUCUAUUUUUUCUGUUAGUGCAGAAAUCACAUACUUCACCUUAAUUCUUAAUUCUAAAAAUAUUUAUGAAUAUAUAAAUAUAUAAAUGUAAUGUAAUAUAUAAUGAAUUUACAGUACGGUAUCAUCAUCAUAGAGUCUACAUUUCAAUUUAGGUUUCAUGCUCUAAUUGCAUAAAUGAUCUCAUGCUUUCAGAUAGCUACACUGGAAAAGGAAAAAGUGCUGGAGGAGCUACAAAAGGUCAAGCAAACCAAAAUGCAAGUAAUCAACGAAAGAACUCUGGAAUAUGCUACCAAGAAAACAGAAAAUUCGGUUCCACUCCAGAAUUCAAAUGCGUUUGAAAUACACACAAAUCAAGUAAUGGUUGGUAACAGUCAGAGUGACAUCACUGACCCUAUACUCAGGAAAAGCUCAGGCAGGUCUGGUAAAAGCCAGACUGUUUCAUUCAAUAUCAAUGAUUCUGAGUCCUCCAUCAAUCUUGCUUCUGACUCGCCUAUAACAAGUAAAUCGAAAGGGCUGAAAAUGGAGUCUUCUUCCAAUAAAAUUCAAGGUCUCAGAGGACGGAUAAGUAUUAAAAAGUUAAUCAAAACAAAAAUAAUUUCUCAGGAAAUUGCACUCAAGUUGCAAACAGGCCUCAUCACUAUGGAGGAGAUAGAAGCAUCACUUGCUCAAUUUGUUGGUAAACCAUCCUCAAUUGCAGGUGUUUAUAUGGAGUCUAGCAAGAAAAAGCUGUCCUUCCUUGAUGCUGUUGCAGGAGGAUUCAUAUCUAAAACCUAUGCCGUUGAGUUUUUGGAAGCGCAAGCUGCCACAGGAUACAUUAUUGAUCCUGUGACAGGCGAAGGUUACUCUCCUUCAGAUGCUUUUGAGAAAGGUAUCAUUACUGAGGAUCUCAAGGACAAAAUAAGUGAUGCUUACAAAGCAGUCAGUGGCUAUACUCAUGCUGGGAAGAUUCUAUCAGUGUUUCAGGCUAUGGAGGAGAGAAUUCUUGAUAGACACAGAGGGAAAGCAAUAAUGGAAACUCAGAUCGCCACUGGAGGUUUGAUUCAUCCGUUAAUUGGAAGUAGGUUACCCAUGGAUUGUGCACUAGAGCAGGGGCUCAUAAAUCAAGCCACCCUUCAAAGUCUCUAUGACCCAGUCAGUAACCCAAAAGAUUUUCACUAUCCAGAAACAGGGCAGAAGGCAUACUACAGCGAACUGCUCCGAAUCUGUGUAUAUGAUAUCAACGGUGGAGUAUAUCUUCUUCCUUUUGGUGACCAGCAUCUCUUCACCCUCUCACCUUCCAGCAAACACAGAAUAUCGGUCAUCAACACUUCUAAUGGUGCGAAAAUGUCAGCCUAUGAAGCAUAUAAGACUGGUCACAUUGACAAGAGAACUUACCUGUUUCUCUCUCAACAAGAGAGCGAAUGGCAUGAGAUAACAAUCAUGGACUCAAGUAGGAAUCUUUUACACAUCCUAACAGACCAUAAGAGUGGGCGGCAGAUUUGCAUUGAAAACGCUCUUAGUCUGAAAAUUCUCCAAGCAGAAGAGCUCAGUAGCUACCGAAGUGGUCAGCUCAGCAUUUCCGAGUUUGCUGAUCUUUUGAUUUCUAGAAGAGUUGCCUUUAAAGUUUCAAACAGUCCUGUUGCAGGACUCUGGGAUGUUUCUUUGAAGAAACGACUCCCAGUUUUCAAAGGACACCAGCAGAACCUUGUGGACCGACUCACCGCAUUGAGGUUGCUAGAAGCCCAGGCUUGCACUGGAGGCAUCUGUGAUCCAGCGUCUGGAGAAAGGGUUCUGAUUACAGAAGCACAGCAUCGAGGACUCUUAGAUGAAGGUUUUGCCAGACAGAUCCAGCAAUGUGAGCAAGCCUACUAUGGUAUCAUUCACCCUCAAAAUGGAAAGACUUUGACUGUGGCUCAGGCAAUGCAAGAGAACCUUUUCCCAAAAGAUGUUGCAGUGAGGUGUCUUGAGUUUCAACUGGCAACAGGUGGGCUCAUAAACCCAGAGAGCCAAGAGAGAGUCUCAUUGGAGGAUGCCAUACAGAAUUGCUUGAUCGACAAAGCAACUGCUGCACAUCUUCAACAUGAAAAUUCCCAUUCGAAAUGUAUCACUUGCCCCAAAACCAAAAGAAAAAUGUCUUUCAACGAAGCUCUAGAAAAGAGUGUCUUUGACAGCCACACUGGGUUUGUCCUUCUUGAAGUAACAAAGCCCCAUAGUACUGGCAAUACUUCAUCUUUCCAAUACUUCUGGACCUAUCGGCACUUCUGAUGUGCUUCUGGACAUCUAAAAUCAGGCCGUUUUUUUGGUGAAUGUUUUGUAUAUGGCAGAAAAAGCAAUUGACAUACCUAGUAUAUUUGCAACACUUUAUGAUGGAGCAUUAUCCAAUAUAGAAAAAUAUAUAUUUUUUAUCCUGAAAAAAUACCAUAAUGGUCAAAAUGGUGAAAAUGGCAGUCUUUAGAAAAUAUGGGAUUUUUUUUUCUACUGUAAGAUAUUGUUUAAAAAUGUCUCAUAUCUUAUGUGAUCCAUUUUUUCUUUUUGAUGGCAUUUUUUAUUUAUUUCCAAGCAUGCUUCCCUGUAAAAUGGCUGGGAGCUUUAUAGACCUGCUAAUUCCUUAUUGUAUAUUGCAUUAAAACACAGGAUUUAUUGCGCUAAUAAUGAAUGUUUUACAUUGUUUUUUUAAUCGACCCUACAAUUUCUUUUCAAUGAUUUUAGAG